AAAACAACAAAUCGAACAGCGACCGUCUGCCAGAGUCAAAGGAAAUACUGGUUCAGAUGGGUCGAGCAGAUGCAUCUAGGUCUAGUGAUGACCGCCAGUGACCACGACAAUGUUGGAAGAGUGAGCGAGAAGAGCCGCGCGCAUGCAUUGGCCAAACAAGUCAGCCUUCCUCGUGACUUUAGACUAUUAUCGUCCUCUACCCUACUAUGCCGCGUCCAGUCCGCAUAGCAAUAUGUCAAUUCGCGUCUGUACCUCCGUCUCAAGAAUCCGAAGGCAUCAGUUCUGACGAGACUGUCACCGCGAACUUUGCCCGCUUGGAGCCGUUCGUCUCCUCGGCUGCUUCACAGGGCGCCGACCUCAUUGUCUUCCCCGAGUACUUCCUGACCGGGAUCAUCGCGGAGCACUUGCACCUCGCGUACGACGAAGGGCACUGGGUCGAGGUGUUGCAGGAUCUGGCGCGGAAGUACGCGAUCGAUAUCGUCGCGGGAACUAUCGUUGAGAAGAGCAGGCAGAACGAUGAGCAUCUGUUCAAUACGUCCGUCCUCAUUCCUCAUCAUGGCGUUUCUGCGGGUCAGCUCAUGUGUGGGCCGGAUGUGUUCAGGGCGAGGUACAUCGAUAAACACGGAGAGAUCCUAGGAGAGUACCGUAAGAAGAAUUUGUGGCACCCAGAAAAGGAGUAUCUCAGAAGCUCGACGGAGGAGCAUCAAAUCUUCCAGACCGACAAGUUCAAAGCAGGCCUCCUCAUCUGCUGGGACCUCGCAUGGCCUGAAGCUUUCCGCGCUCUCAUGUUGCAGGGCGUUGAGGUCGUGAUCGUACCCACAUGCUGGGUCCUCGACGAUGUUGGCGAACUUGGGUUAAAGCAUGAUCCUGAUGGCUCGGCAGAAGUGUCGUGGCUUGACAGCAUGGUGAUCAAUAGGGCCUAUGAGAACGAGUGCUGCGUCAUCUUUGUCAACUGUGGUGGUCCCAAAGCCAAAGGAUUUCUUGGCCAUUCGAGCGUGUCGAUGCCAUUUAAGGGUGUUGUGACGAGAAUCGAAGGGCCAAACGAGGAAAUGAGGGUGGUGGAUAUCGACCUGGACAUUCUGCAGGACGCUAGAGCAGUGUAUAAAAUACGAGAGGAUUACGAGGCGAAGAUCAAGUUGAACCAAAUGAAAUAACAAGAGCAUCUCAGAGUGGGGAU